AUGCCUCCACCUCAUCUCACUCUCUCCGCCUCCCUCUCCUCCCCCUCGUCCCACGGCUCCGAGACUAUCGGCACCCCGCCGAAUGACACCAUCUCCUUCAGCUCAAACGCCAACGGCAAGAGGCCGGCUUCUUCAGCCAGCAUGACUAACGACGGUCGCAACAAACGCCCCCGUCAAGAUGAUGACGAAGCCCAAAGUCCGAGCACGGAGAAGGGCGAUGAGCCCAAGGCGAAGCCUACCCGUGGCUCUCGAGCUUGCACCGUCUGCCGCCGCCUGAAGAUGAAGUGCGUCAAUGCAGAGAACGGCCCACCCUGCAAGCGCUGUCAGCAAGGCAAUCACGAGUGCAUCUUCGAGGAGUCCAACCGCGGCAAGCGCUCCACCAAGAAACACGAGAUUUUGACACGCUCAUUAAGGAAGAUGGAGCGGACUUUGGACACCGUCCUUCGAUCGCUCGGUAACCCGUCGCUGGCUGCGGGCAUCAUGUCCCGAUCGCCCUCGCCGAGUGUGCAAUCCCAAACCAUGCACGCUCUGCUGAACUCGCCUUCUCCUUCACCGUCUCUGGAGCAGCAGGUUCAACACCAUGCCCCUCAACAUGCGUCGACGUCGCAUGCCCCACCCUCGCCGAAGAUGCACUCCCUACCCGACAACGCGCUCAAUCCGCUGGGUCUGCUGGCUGAAGCGAGCUUGGCCAACCGCCGUGCACAAGCCAAGUCCAACGCCUUGGCUGAGGGUGCGGAUGAUUCUGCCAGAGUGGGCGUCGCCAGUGAUGUUUACUUCAAACCUGGCCCUAUGACGAUUUUGCCUUUGCGGAGGCUCUACAUCGAGCGGCAAAUACAGCCUGAAAUGCUGAGCUUCGUAUCCACGGAAGAGGUUGUUGCACUGUUCAAAAUGUGCGUACAAGCACCGUUCCUCGACCCUGAAUUUCAUACGCCGUCUCUAGUCUGCUCACGGUCGCCCUUCCUCCUGACCUCCAUAUGCGCGGUGGCUUCGCGAUUCUACGAAGCUCGGGAGGACCUUCACCCCAAGCUGUCGGAACUCGCGAGGACCUUGGCAUUCCAGGUACCCGCGCGCGGGUACAAGUCUGUCGAAAUCGUCCAGGCUUACCUCAUCAACGUGCUGUGGGGAAGCGGCCCCGUGCAGCGCUAUGAGCAGGACCAGACAUGGUUGCUCCUCGGGAUGGCGAUAAGGAUGGCAACCGACCUCAACCUUCAUCGACGGUCAACAGGGCCCAGUCCCGACACGGACGCGGGCCGCGCCCGCGACCGUGAAAUGGGCAAGCCAUACUCGAUCAAGGAAGAUUACAUGAUCCGGAACGCCUCGCAAUGGGCUCGCUUGCCGGGAUCUAUUCCCUGCGAUGGCGCGCUUGCGGCUUACGCGCCUCGACUUGCUCUACUCGGCACCACCAACUCGUCAGGCCUUCAGAUUGACUGCGACUUCCUACUGGUGAUCAAGACCAUGGAGACGCAGCUGCUCGCCUGGCAGCAUGAGUGGCUCCACACGCGGAUUACUUCUAGUAUGCCGCCCGGCUCGAGCGCCUCAUCUCCAGCCGGUCUAACCAUGGAUAUCGCCCCGCUUGCUCCGCCAGGCCUAAGCGAGAACGUGGCCCGCUUCCGGAAGGCGAUGGCCGGGUUCUACUUCCAUUACGCGAUGCUCACUAUCAACGCGUUCGGACUUCAAAACGCGCUCGAGCGCUCUGCCGUCGACAUCGGCCACUUCUUUGCGCGCUGCCACUCGUCGGCAGUCAGCUGUGCCACCGUCAUGGCAGAGGAGCUGGGCCCGUCGGGAUGGUUCAGAUAUGCGCCUGAUUCGCACUUCGUUAUGGGCUCAUACGCUGUGCUCAGUCUAUUGAAACUCAUCCGCCCGGAGUUCCAGGCGUUUUUGAACCACGAGCAAAAGACGAUUGCCAUUGUCACCCAGGUUGCCAACACCUUCGAUCAGAUCGCCGUCAGCCCUAUGCACACGCCUGCGCUGUACAGCUGCUUCCUUCGCGCCCUCGUCAGCGCCCGGACGGACACCGCUUCAGUCAACAGCACAGAGCACACGGCCGACGGCACUACCGCAAGUUCCUCCGCCGACCCGUUAGCUCCAUCCUUCGCACAGGCACCGCGGCAGGUCAACUCCCUCGGUGCGGACCUGCUCGAAGCCUUCUCGUACACCAGCGAAAUGGGUCCCGUCGCGGACAUGUCUACCUUCCCACCGACGAUGGCGCCGCACCCACAAAACGCGGAGAUGAACAUGCUCUCUAUGGACAGCAUCCUCAGCGCUGACUUCUGGGACAGCGUGCUCGUACCGGGCUCAUCGAACACGAUGGAGAGCCUCAGCGGCGGCUUCGUUUACGGCGCCGGUGGCAGCGGAUUCAUCACCCCUGGCAUGUGGAUGUCGCCGCUCCCAUCCGGCGCGACGUCGCCCGUCCGCAACGCGAACGCGCACCACGACGGCGGUGACGUGCAGAUGGAGGGUCAACAGCUCACGUCGCCCAUCGGCGUCGGCGUCGGCGCGUGA